AUGGAGAAAUACCACAGGUCUCGUUAUACAAUAUCAAAUGUUCUUUUAAAUAUUAUUACUCUUAUAGCUUUUGAUUAUGAUCUUGAAUCAUUAUCACAAACUGAUUCUUAUAAUUUACGAAAAGCAUUUAAUGAUUUUAUUCACUACGCUAAUCAAUUUGUAUUAUUAACUGCAAUUCCACUUUGGUUAGGAAAACUAAUCUUAACUCUUAAUUGGAAAUAUCAACAAGCAUCAGGCAUUAUGAAACGAUAUGUUAUGAAUGUUAUUUCUGAAGAAUAA